GGGACGAAGUGAUUUGGGGGGGGGGCGCGCAUUAGGGGGAGCAUGCGUGUUCCCGUACGCCGUCACGUACGCAGAUUCGGUCUGUGACGAGACCCGUGCGCGCAAACGACGAAUAUACACUGCACGCCAGCUGGGUAAAUUAUAAUUAUUUCACCGCCUUUUUUUUUACUGUCUAGGCGGCGGUCAUAAUGGACGAUAAUAUUAUUAUUUUGUUUACGACGAUAAGAAAACCCGAAUACGAAUAUAUUGCAGCCGUUUGGCGGCGGUACCAGUUACUACGGUUACUGGUUGGGUCCAGACAGUAGUUAGUACGAUGUGUUGUUAGCCGUUGUCGGUUCGUUUGAAUUUUGUUAACGCACGCGCGCGAUGAUGAUUUUUUCGAUCAUAAUGGAUAUAUUUUUGUUGGCGGCUCUUCUCGGCCGCACCGUCCACACGUCCACCGAUCACGGGCGAGUCCGUCUUUUGGACUCGCUCGACUGGCGACUGACAAACAGCAACGGCAGUGUAACUGAUGUAAUAGCAAAAGUACCCGGCGGCGUUUUCGCCGACCUGCUGGCCAACGGCGUGUUGUCCCAAGAUCCGCUGUACCGGUACAACGACGUCGCGUACCGCUGGGUGUCCGCCGACCAAUGGACUUACUCGACCACGUUUAACGUCGAAUCGAACUCGCAGACCGGUUUCAGUAAAUUUCAUUUAGUUUUUGACGGAAUAGAUACCUAUGGAAAGAUUUACCUGAACAAAAAAUUAAUUGGAUCGUCCGACAACAUGUUCGUGAAGUAUAUUUAUCCAAUCGAAAAAUAUAUAAAGAUAGGUCAAAAUGUAUUGAACGUCACUUUGAAUUCGUCUAUAAAGAUGGCAAAUAAAUAUUUCAAUCAGUCGGAUUAUCCAAUUCCUCCGUUAUGCGUUCCAUCGGAUUACCACGGAGAGUGUCAUGUCAAUUAUCUGAGGAAAAUGCAAUCAUCGUUCGGUUGGGAUUGGGGUCCAGCUUUUCCGUCUGCAGGGAUAUGGAAAAGCGUAAAAUUAAUCGAAUUACACGAAACCUUGUUGGAAGACAUUAAAACGCGAACGACAAUAGCGAAUUCUUCGCACUGGUUAUUAAAAACGGAUGUAUAUAUGAAGUGUUUUCAAAAAGUUUUAGACGGUAACGUUCGAGUAUCUUUAAGCGCGGAUAACAAUAUUGUUUUUGGAAAAGAGCGACAUUGCUGUAAUGAAAUAUGCAUCAAUGACGAAAUCCACGUUGUCGUCGAAUUACUCGUGGCCAAGACAAGUGUUAAAACUUGGUGGCCAAACGGAUACGGAGAUCAGCCCUUGUACGAUUUGACAGCAGAGUUUUACAGUAAAACGGAAUCUCAAUCGAAAACAGUUUCAAUAGGGUUCAGGACGGCCGAACUCGUUCAGGAAGCGAUCGAUAAAAACAAUUCUGAAAAAGGGUUGUCGUUUUACCUUAAGAUAAACGGCGUACCAAUAUUUGCAAAGGGCACCAAUUACAUACCGUCUAACGUUUUUCCCGAGAAAAUGAACACGAAAUUAACGAUAGAAAAACUUUUAACUUCCGCAAAGUACACUCAUAUGAAUACCAUUCGGGUGUGGGGCGGCGGUGUGUAUGAAUCUGACGAAUUCUAUCAUGCGUGUGACAAAUUGGGAAUAAUGGUUUGGCAGGACAUGAUGUUCGCUUGUGCCAUGUACCCGUCUGACGAUCGGUUUUUGGACGUUGUCAGCACAGAAGUGCGACAACAGAUCAGGCGGUUGCAACACCAUCCGAGCAUCGUGUUGUGGGCUGGUAACAACGAGAACGAAGCGGCGCUCAGGGGCAAUUGGUACGGCACCCAACGAAACUACACGACGUUCGCUUCGGACUACGUGAAAUUGUACGCCGACACAAUAAGGGUUUUGGUGUCUCACGAGGACGGGACGAGGAGUUAUGUGUUAUCGAGUCCCUCUAAUGGAUUACAAUCUGAAAGGGAGAACUACGUAGCCGACAAUCCGUACAGCGCUCUAUACGGAGACGUGCAUUACUACAAUUAUGAGGUGAACAGUUGGAGUUCGACGUUCUAUCCAUGGACGAGAUUUGCUUCCGAAUACGGAUAUCAAUCCCUGCCGUCGUAUCAGACCUUGACAAAAGCACUGAACGCAAACGACUUGUACGGUUUCCCGUCGCCCGCGCUCGUCCACAGACAGCACCUGGCCGGAGGUUAUGCUUUCAUGAUGUUACAAAUAGAAAUGAACGUGCCCGUCCCCGCUAAGCCCACUAUCAGCGAUUACAUCUACUUAAGUCAGGUGGUCCAGGCUAGGGCGAUCAGAAUACAAACUGAGUGGUAUAGAAAGCACCGAAACACAUUGUUGGAAGAUGGCCGAGGUAUGACGAUGGGAGCAUUGUAUUGGCAGUUGAACGACGUUUGGCAAGCACCGACCUGGUCAUCCAUAGAUUAUGACGGACGCUGGAAAAUGUUGCAUUACAGUGCUUUAGACUUUUUUGCUUCGGUUAUUGUAGUUCCAGAAUUGACGGCCAACAAUCUGACAAUUUAUUUUGUAUCCGACGUAUUGAAUGAUUUGGAAGUCGUUUUACAAAUUGAAAUAUAUUGCUGGAGUAGUAUUCAGCCACUUAGCACUAUUACGACAUAUAGCUUAUCAAUAGUGAAAAAUAGUGCCCAGCUUGUUUUAAAUGAAAACUACGUAAGCUGGUUACAAACAAAAACUAAUAAAUGUGGCCGUUUAUUAGACGAAAUAAAACAAAAUUGUUUUUUACAUACAAAGCUAUAUUAUACCAAUGGUACAGAGCUGUCUCCAUCAAAUUACUUGUUUCCAAAUUCAUUCAACAAAAUUGCUGGGUAUCAGGAUCCAACAAUAUUGAUAUCUAAUAUAAAACAAAAAAAUAUUAACGAAAUUGAUGUGGAAUUACAAUCGACGGGAAUAGGUCUGUUUGUUUGGCUAAAUGUCACUCGGACAGAUGGCUAUUUUAAUGAAAAUGGAUUUAUCAUGUUAAAUAAAACCAAGACGGUAACUUUUACAUCAAGCCAAAACAUUGAGUCAAACUUUUUUACUGUAGAAAUAAGUCACCUUAAAAUGAACUUAACUAAUUAAUAAUUUAAAUAUAGUUUCAAAAAAUAAAGGCUUACAUUUUUAUA